GAUUUGGAUGUCCCAUCUCGCUCUCUAUGUCUCAGUGCGAUGGAAGUGCUCAAAGGCAAGGAAAAUGAGCAAGAAGAAGAGAAAAGGCGGCCAACUUUUCCGGCUAAGGAAUCUAAUUCGCCAUUUUCAUCUCCAACGCACGAUUUUGAAUUCAGCAUCACUCUGCCUCUUGAUAGUUAUAGGAAGCCAUCACCGACAACGCAACCUUCUUAUGAAAUCGAUCUCUGCCCGGCUGAUGACCUCUUCUUCCAGGGCCACCUCCUCCCCCUCCACCACCACCACCACCACCACCAUGAUCACGACGACCGUAAUCAUCAGGGAAACGAGCCGGCCGAGGAUCAGGAGAAGAGAAUCAGCGUGGAGGAGAAGCCACGGAGCUCCAGCAACCAGAAUGCGUCGAGUACCAAGAGCAAGCCCAGGUCCUUCUCUUUCAUCACUCUAAAGAAAGGGUCCAAGCUGGGACUUAAGGCUGCCAAGGAGGUGAUAGAGAAGUAUGUGAAGCUGGUGAAGCCUUUCUUUACAUGGGGAGCUGACAGCAAGAGUGAGGAGCAGAAGAAAGCCUCGUCAGGGAGGCAGAGGUGGAAUUGCAGAGACCAUUCUGCUCGUUCUUUUACGAAACGAAGACCGUCGAGGUCGUCUGGUCCUUGCUCCUCUGCCAUCAGAUCGCCCGUGAACAGCGGCGUCCUCUGCUCCGUACCUCCACCGCAGAAGAGUGAGAGCACGAUGGAGGACCUUCAGAAUGCCAUACAGGCGGCCAUCGCCCACUGCAAGAACUCCAACGCUGCACCAAAACAGGUUCAUCAACCUUGAGUACGGCCUUCAGAGGAAUAGGAUAGUGAAGAAUCCAGAGUUUUUACGCUGUCCUUUCCGUUUUUCUUUUUUUGUGAAUUGGUUUUCAAAUUGUAAAACGAAUGAAUACUGCACGAUUAUAGUUCACCUGUCUGUUCUCUGUAAUUCACCUGUCUGCGUUGGACGUUCUGGGAAGUGGAUUGUAGUAUUUUGAAAAACUGGAAAGGAUGAAUCAAGAGUUAUGAUCUUAUUAAUUUAAGAACGCAAUAUAAGGUUACGAUGAAUAAAUAGAUCCAUGGGAUUAAUCAAAUCCA